GAACAGGGGAGCAGCUGUCAUUGUGCAGAUCAUCAGCGCCUCUGACGUCACUCCCGGGACUGCGAGAGACCAAGACACCGGAUACAAAAUGAAGCGAGUGACAUCUUGUGACUUCCACUUAUUGAGGCUGCAGAGUGACAGCCAGUGACCAGCGUCAUCAGCCAGGAGAUGUCCUGACACUUGUGUCACCAGAGGAGACAGCAUGAGCCUGUGAUAAUGUCAUCUGUGCAGAGAGAGGCUGGAGAGACAGGUGGAGAUAUGGAAAGCAUUAAGUUGACAGAUCCACCUAAAGACAAGAGGUGGAAGUUCCUUGUUGUAGGGGUCAUCGUAGCCUGGCUGAUACUGGUCCAUUUGCUGGUGAAUGUCUGGCUUCUCCUCCUAUUCUCUGCCAUCAUGGCUUCUGUCGGAGCCUGGUUGGGGCCACAGUUUAUCCUCAGCAGCACGACCCCCAUUCACCUGGAGAGAUUUAUUAACCUAGAACACAACACCCAGUCCCCAGACGCUGAGGCUCAGCUGGACAAGGAGAUCGGUCUAACCAUACAGAAGAUUGUUCGGGAUUUUGUGUCAUCCUGGUAUCGAAGACUGAGCCAUGAAACUGCAUUUGAGGACGAGGUCCGGGGAGUCAUGUGGGAUCUGUCAAUGGAGCUGAAAAGACGUGUGAACUCUACGGACCGGGAGGAUCUUACUCGGAAGUUGCUUAUUUUGGCCGGUUGUCACCUGCAGUGUUAUAAAUGGGCCAAAGCGCGAGUGCAGAGCAUCAGUGACCAGUCUGAGAGGGAGUCCCUUCUUUGGGAGGCUUACCAGGAGCUGAGUCCGGCCCACCAGGCCAUGGCUAGCCCGGCAGACGAAGUGGCCCACACUCGCUGGUUGGUGGAUCUCCUGCUGACAGAGCUGCUUCCUCAACCUCACUUGGAGACUCGGACGGGCAGACAUUUGGUGGUGGAGCUCAUUGCUUGUAAUGUCAUCCUUCCUCUGGUGGGGAGAAUGUCAGAUCCUGACUGGAUUAACAUUGUCCUAACCAACGUAUUCUCCAAGCUACCGCUGAAGGUGGAGGACCAUAGAAAUGAUUUUUCGUCCCCACCAGCAAUUCCCAAGUCACUGCCUUUGGGGCUCAAUCCAGAUCCUGCUCCUCAGCUCAUUCUUCCCUCACCCCAGCUGGGUAACAUCUCCACUUACGAGGGGAUGGACAGUGCCGACCUAGAACACGAGGGGGAGGGGAGGGCUAGGGACACCAUGGAAGCAUUAGAUGACCUAAACUCAUGUAAGGACAAGCUGGACCUCUUCUCUGUGCAGUAUCUGCAGCCCCCGAAGCCUUGCAGCCCCUUCUUCCUCUGUGAGGAGUCUGAGCUAGAGUCCCCCUUGUCUGACCUGGGCCGGGACUUGGACCCUCCGCUGCUGAACUCAUCUGAUGACCUCUUAUCUGACUGCUGCUUGGACUCCCUGACCCCUGCUGAGAGCCCCAUUGUCCCGCCUCAUGACGACAAUGGGUCUUCCCUGUCGGAAGAGGCCUGUAUGUCAAUUCCUGGGGGAAUGCCUUCUCAUCCUGAGAUCCUCAUUGAGCCCACAGGUCUGGCCCCAGAAUUUUUAACCACCACACCCAAUGAAAAGGAAGGGCUAAGUCCGAUUGAUGCUUCACCGGUGAACACCUCCUCCCCCACUGUCCCUAUUCAUCCUUUCAGCUUUGUACCCCUCAGCAGCCCAGAUGGGCCAGUACUGAUCCAGAACCUCCGGAUCACGGGAACCAUAACAGCGCGUGAGCACAGCGGGACGGGUUCUCACCCCUAUACACUCUAUACUAUAAAGUAUGACACAGCUCUGGACAGCCAAUCCUUGGGCACCUUGCAGCCUAUGGCGUAUCACACUGUCAACCGGAGGUACCGUGAGUUUCUCAACUUACAGACACGUCUGGAAGAGAAGGCCGAUCUGCGCAAGUUCAUCAAACACAUUAAGGGACCAAAGAAGUUCCUUCCAGAUUUACCUUUUGGAAACAUGGACAGUGAUAAGGUCGAGGCGCGAAAGAGUUUGCUGGAGUCAUUUCUGAGGCAACUGUGUGCGGUGCCAGAGAUCGCGAGCAGCGAAGAGGUCCAGGAGUUCCUGGCGCUGAACACUGAUGCACGGAUCGCCUUUGUGAAGAAGCCAUUCCUGGUGUCCCGGAUAGACAGGAUUGUAGUAAACGCUAUCGUGGACACUCUGAAGACGGCAUUCCCUCGCUCUGAACCCCAAAGUCCAACUGAUGACCUGAGUGAGAAUGAAGUGGAGGGGAAGAGUCAGAAUGACACCAAGAAGAGCUCAAAGUCUCGCCUCCGAUUUCCUUCCAGUAAAAUCGCUCCAGUACUGAGCUCGGCUGACUCGCAGGAGAAGAUUGUGUAUUCUGUGCGAGACGGCAGCACGGUAACCGACAUUUUGUCUGUGAGUGGGAUGGAGUCCUUCAUCCACAAGCAGGAGAAGCUGCUGGAGGAGAUGGUGGCAUCUCAAGAGAGGUCAUCAGGGAGCAGCGUGUCACCACAAACAUUCACCAUCAAUCCUCAGGCAGCAGGUCUGGAGGGUAAUCUUUCAGCUGUGGCUCUGGAGGUCCUGUGGCUCCUGAUGCGGGAGCAGUGGAGCUGGCUGUGUACGGACACCAUGCAAAAGGUCACCCACCUCCUGUCUGGCAGCCUCAUCCAAAGGUGGCUUGAGGUGCAGGUGGUAAAUUUCACAUGUUUGCAACGUUGGGUUCUUUACCUCCGGUUGCUCCAACAAGCGAUCUGGCCUGGGGGAUCACUGCGCACUCAGCCCCGGCCAGUAAGGACUCAGGAACAGAAGAACAUGGCGCGCCAACAAGCCCUGCAAAGCCUGAUGGGUGUCUUACCAGAUCUGGCACAGGAGCUAUUGGGUGUGGAGAAGUGUCAACGCGUCUGGGAGGCCAUACUUGACUCACUGCAACACCCCCAAAUAAACAGACAUCUGCUCUACUGUAUAUGGGACAUUCUCUUGGAGAGUGUGACGGCCGUCCGGCCCUCGUAAGAUGAUGUCUGUCUGUCUGUCUGUUUUAUCAUGGACGCCGUCUCUGCUGCACAGUGAGGAAGUGAAUGUGUAAGGGGCCCAGGGGCCUUGACCGUAUAUCACAAAGGACAGUACACAUUGCGCCUUCCGGCCAGAAGUCCCUGUCCUGCUUGACUCUCACUGCUUGUGUGGUUCUGAGUGAUAAACACAUUUUCAUUUUUAUAACAUUGUGGUUGUGAGGGUCCAGCUGUCCCUGGGGGCCACAUAUGAGCACACUAGGGAAGAUUGUUUAUUGCACCACUGACACUUUAGACAUUUGAACAGAUUGUAAUGUUGAUGCCAUGAGUCUACACUGGAUUUAAAGGGCACCUCACCCAAUAUAGAAAAAGAAAGUCUGCGAGUCCUUUCCUGAAGAAGUCUAAGUUUCCUAGGACUAUUCUCUUUCUGAAAACCCUGGCAACUGAGCCAGGCCCUUAAAUAGCAAUUGGCCUAGUUAAACAUAUCCUGCUGUUACAGACUAGUGUUGUGCAGGAUCCCAGAAACGCUGGGGACAGCUUCUGUGGAAGGUGUUAUGGUGACUGUAUUAGUUGUCACCCAGCUGUCCCAGAGGUGGAUAUUACAAGAAACGACUCAAUGGACUCUGCAGAAGACAAGGACUCGAGGACUAAAAUAUUGCUGAGGAGGGGGAGGGGGUUAUUUAUUUCAUGAAGGGGAUAAUUAUUUGCACUAAAUGCACAUUCCAGUUAUGGGGGGUGAGGGAAGGGUCACAAGUUAGCUCCACAGUAUCACUAUGAUGCAGAAUGGGGUGUCAUCACCAUGUGUCAAGAGACAUCCCUUGUAGCACCAGGUUGGAUCUCCAGCCGUGUAGGAAACGGUGUGCAACGCCAGCGCUCCACUCUUCUCUAUGAAGAUGUCUUAUAUUAUUCUGUGUCCUCGCUGUAGCAUUUUUAUUAUUGUUCUGGUUUUACUUAUUAUUUUAAUUAGUAAAUUGCGGUAAGUCUGA